ACUGCAAAUGUCUGGCGCGCGUGGUUGCCGCAGGCGCAGGGACAUUGUAGCUUUCUCCAAACGCUAUGGCGUACACCGCGCAGCGUAAACCUCUGCCUCCAAAUACCAUAUAUAUGUCACCUCUCACAUGCCAGCCGCUGCUCUUCUUUUUCUCUCCUCAAUUUUUUGUGCGUCAAAAGUUGCUGAAAUUCUUCAAUCUCCGUGGGAUACUUUUCUGCUUCUCUUUUAGCCUCAAACUUAGUCAUCUCGCUAAUGGCUAGAUUUGACAAGGCGUCCGCGUCCACCAAUGUAAAUCCCAACGGUUCCACUGAGGUGGUUCAGCCUCCUAGUGAUUCGGUAUCGAGCCUAAGCUUCAGUCCCAAAGCAAAUGUUUUCGUGGCUACUUCGUGGGAUAAUGAGGUUCGAUGUUGGGAGGUAAUCAAAUCUGGAAGCAAUCUCAACACUGUUCCUAAGGCAUCAAUAUCACACGAGCAGCCGGUCUUGUGCUCUGCGUGGAAAGAUGAUGGCUCUACUGUCUUUUCUGGAGGCUGUGACAGGCAAGUUAAAAUGUGGCCAAUAGCAUCUGGUGGGCAGCCUGUUACAGUGGCCAUGCAUGAUGCUCCUGUUAAAGAACUCUCUUGGAUCCCAGAAAUGAAUCUCUUAGUCACGGGAAGCUGGGACAAGACGCUAAGGUAUUGGGAUCUAAGACAGCAAAGUCCAACCUGGGUACAACAACUUCCAGAGCGCUGCUAUGCACUUUCAGUUCAAUAUCCUCUUAUGGUUGUUGGGACUGCCGAUAGAAAUAUGACUGUCUUCAAUUUGCAGAACCCUCAGACCGAGUAUAAGAGAGUUUUGUCACCCCUCAUCUACCAGACUAGGUGUUUGGCUGCUUUCCCUGAUAAGCAAGGUUUCGUGGUUGGAUCAAUCGAAGGAAGAGUUGGUGUGCAUUAUCUUGACAAGUCACAAAAAAGUAAAAGCUUUACCUUCAGAUGUCACAGGGAUGGCAAGGAUGUUUACUCCGUCAACUCACUGAAUUUUCACCCUACACAUCACACAGUUGCUACUGCUGGGUCUGAUGGAGCCUUCAAUUUUUGGGACAUAGAUAGGAAGCAGAAGCUCAAGGCUAUGUUAAGAUGCAAUCAGCCAAUAACUUGCAGCAGUUUUAACCACGAUGGUUCCAUCUUUGCAUAUUCGGCUUGUUAUGACUGGAGCAAGGGGGCUGAAAAUCACAAACCGGCAACAGCAAAGACAAACAUAUACCUACAUCAGCCUCAGGAAGUCGAUGUUGCACCAAGGGCUAGAAAGUGAUGUAUCAGACAACUAUAUUUUUGCCUACGACAUAGCAGCAGCAGAUAACGUCGUGUUUCUUUUGUAAAGGGCUAGAUCGAGAAUGGUGUCUGUGCAACUUAACUACAAUGUUUGGAUUUAGUAUAAAUUGCAUUGAACCUUUGUUUCAAUAUUGAGCGUAUGUGUGAUUUUGGUCCAACAACGAAAACAACAUUUUGGGCUAUUCAGUGUAAAAUGUCCGAAAAAUAAUUACAUUGCUGCUUUUCUCUGCA